AUGUCAGGCCGAAGUGGAGCAGCUCCUCGCGGCUGCAGCAACCCCAACGUGCCGCUGCUGCCCCUCCGGGCCACGGUGCCCUACCAGAUGCUCCUUAAGACGGCUGAGCGGACCUCAGCCCGCCCGCCCAGGCCCACCAUGCGGCGGACCCUCUCCCUGGAUGCCAUCCUUGCGCCAUACCUACAAGGGCAGUGGCCUAAAGAGCCCAAAAAGAGUCCUUCGGGGAGCUGUGUCUGCGAUAAGGCCACUCAGACGCCAUCUUGUUGGGCAGAGGAGACGCAGAACAGGAGAAGUUUCGGCGGUCACAAGCGUUCUGCAUCGUGGGGCAGUGCAGAGCACCUCAAGGAGGUGGCCAAGCUGAGACAACAGCUACAGAAGCGAUCUCGCCAUGCUGCUCCCUCUGCGGCGGGGUACGAACCGUCACACCAUGCACUGACAACGGGCGUCACUCAGACGUCGCCUCUCGUACCUCUGAGUAGACUGGCUUCGCGUCUGCGGCGGAGUGUCGAAGGACUCAACUUGGAGUUGGAAGAGGUGUUUGUGUCAGAGAAUCGGGAUGACCAACAUGAGCAUUUGGACAUCCCAGACGGACACAGGGCUCCCGCUCCAGUACAGAGGUGCAGCAGCGGCUCCCAGAGUGAAUCGUCGCCUGGGCCCUUAGAUCUUUCCCUGCUGUCUCCUUCUCAGUCGCCGUGUCCCUUGGACCCUUCGCUGCUGUCUCCGUCCACCUCGCCUUGUCCUUUAAACCCUUUGCUCUUCUCCCCUACCCAGUCGCCAGAGUCUGCUACUCGUGAGGUCCUUUGUCCAUCUCCUUCCACGUUUUUCCCUUCAUAUGGAGUAGAUCCUCCAGUGUUGCCACCAUGCUCCACCUCCUCCUUCUCAUCACCGCCAUGUCUCGACCAAAGCCUUUUUUUCAAGCGGCAGCCGCCAGAGGGCAGCGAGCCGCUUCCAAUGUGCCAAGACACAAUGUUGGCGUGUCCGAACGAACUUCUCAACCUCCAGCCUUCCUGUCCUGACCUCAACAAGGUGAACUUCACCCCGCACGGCGGCUCUGCUUUUUGUCCCGUCAGCCUCCUUAAACCCCUCCUGCCUUCCAUGGAUCUGCUCUUUCGUGGUCUGUCCGUCUCCCCCGUCACCGGGUGCCCGGAGCAGGUGUCUCCCACCCGGCAAUUGGGCAUGCAGUGA